AUGCAAGGCCCCUUACAGGAGUGGGAGGUGUUCGACUACCUCGUAACCCACGGAAAAAUGAAGGAGAAGGAUGCACGGAUAAAAUUUCGUCAGAUCGUUUCUGCUGUCCAAUACUGCCAUGCUAAGAACAUUGUGCAUCGUGAUCUCAAGGCCGAGAACUUGUUGUUGGACGAGUCGAUGAACCUGAAGAUAGCAGACUUUGGCUUUUCCAACAACUACUCAGCUGGUCGGAAGUUGGACACUUUCUGCGGGUCUCCGCCAUACGCAGCGCCGGAACUCUUCCUUGGCCGCAAAUACGACGGUCCAGAGGUGGAUGUCUGGUCUCUUGGAGUUAUCCUCUACACCCUCGUCUCUGGCUCACUCCCUUUUGAUGGCAAAAAUCUCAAGUCUGCCCUCGAGUCGAUGGAGUUGACUUCCUUUUGGUAUGCUUGCGUCACCACUACUAAAAUUGUGGAGUCUUGGUUCUCUCUUAUGGUGAUAGUGGUUGCUGUCGUUGUCGCCGUCGUCGUCGUCGUCGUGUCCGCUGUAAUAGAGGGCGUUGUCGAAUUGCGGGAGUGUGUGCUCCGAGGCUCCUAUCGUGUGCCCUUCUACAUGUCGCACGAAUGCGAGAUGCUACUCAGGAAGAUGCUUGUCCUCAAUCCAACCAAACGCGCCUCUCUGCUAGAAAUUAUGAAGGAUAAGUGGUUAAACACAACUUUCGAGGACAACAUUCUGCAGCCCUUCAAGGAGGAUCUCCCCAAUUACAAUGAUCCGGAGAGAAUACAAUGGAUGGUACAGAUGGGUUUCUCGCGGAGUGACAUUCACGACUCGUUGACGAAACAGCGGUUCAACAACAUCACCGCUACGUACAUUUUAUUGGGCCAACGAAAGCGAAAGUCGCUGCCUUGGCCUCCCACCCUGUCUGGAGUCAUGCAACCCCGAAAUCUCCCAUCGGAUAUGCCAACGUCCGAUGGAAGUGUUUCGUCUUCGACAACUGCAGGGAGCAGUAGACAACCAACCUCACAGGCUCGUCAGCUUACCUCAACUACAACUUCUACCGCCGCCGCCUCCUUCCGUCGUCCCUUCCACAAUCCCAGUUCAGCAGCCGAUGCCACCAGCCGCAAGCACUCCAACGCUGAGAUCAACAACAACUACACCUCUGAUGGACAUAGAAAAACAAGUAUUUCCGGUACACCCACCACAGGAGGGGGUCACAGCAAGGUGACCUUAGUCUCGACCACAGAUAAUGCAGAAGGGGAUGCGAGUAUUGCAAAUGCACCUCUGGCGACAACGGAUAAUGACGACGUGACAAAUGUCUCUUCCCCGUCUAACUUGACAAUGGCCACCUCUACAGGUACCACUGCCUCCACUACAGGAACUCUGAAGCGUCAGCAAACGCGACCGGAGUCCCAACAACCAAUAACCAACACCACCGCUUCUCCCAUUCCCUCUCCACCCCCUCCCGAGUCGUCCUCCAUAUCCAAACAACUGCGAAACCAGUUUGUGACUUUGUCUGCCUCUGGCAAUUCUCCCGGUCUUGCCAAUCCCGCUGUAGGCACCUUCCAAGAUUCGAGAAAUGGUCAUACAACCUCUCGUCCCAGCGUCACUUCAACUCAGACAUCAGGCCGAGGUGUCUCGGCUGCCUCCAAGCGCCCGUCCUACACUCACCGAACUAUCCUUACUGGCACCGAAGAUGACUUCAACGUGCCGAUUUUGGCUCCGCGAGCCUCCGACGCUGCGGUGGCAGGAGCGGAGACAUCGUUGGGUGGCCGUGUGUCAAAGCGCGACGAUGCGACGGCUAAUCCUUCGACAAUUGUUACGACGACUAGGGCGCAACCCUACGAACUUAUCAACCCCGUGGCACUCGAGUCUCAAUUACAGAACACCACCAAUGUGACAGGAAUUAGCAGCAACACGAGUCAGUCUCAGUUUUCGAGAAAUCACCCUGCACUUGGAUACCGGUCUCUCCGGUUGCCUGCGGAUGCAGCGGCGGAAAUAAGAGCAGCAGCAGCAGCAGCAACACUAUCAGGAACAGCGACGAUGGGUGAAGCUCAUCCUCCCACGUACUACAACACAGGCGGUGUCUACGUUUCACAUCUUCACCAAUCUGGUGGAGGAACGGGCUCAUCCGGCUACACGGGGUCAAAAUCUGCCUCACCAACCCAGGAAGUGACAAUGGUGGCUGGAGGUGAGACAAAGCGUUUGGCCGGCGGGGGUUUCAGCGUUCCUUUCAGUCGCAACGUGCCUGGUCGCUCAACUAUUCAGCAUGUGCCUGCCUCGGAGACACGCGACCGCCUUGCGCUGGAGCGGCCUGACCAGUGGUCACGGCCUCUCGUUCGGCAUCCUGGCACCGCCGCCCACAUGGAUCAGAAGACCACUCUUGCUGAUCUCUACAACCAAAGCCUACUUCAAACUCAAGCGACGGGACGUCAGAGCCCCUCAGACCUUUCAGAGAUCUCAGUCACGAGCAACUCAACAACAGCCAAGGCUCCAAGCAACUCUGGUUCUGUGGAUGAUUUCGAGGCCGACGAAGACGGUGAAGAAGAUGAGGAAGAAGAAGAAGAGUUGGAUGUUGACGAGGACGUUGAUGACGAGUGCUCCUCCGCCUCUACCUCAGCAAACUUUCGACGUCGUCAACCCGUUGGCAUCGGAGGCGGUGGAGCCUUGGCCGCCUUCUCACGAUCGCGUUUUAAUCGGGACGGCACGCCGAUCAGUCUGCAGGAGACGCCUACCGUCAUCAAAGCUCGCGCCAGCACCCUCUCUAAGACAGAGCCCAGGAAAACUUCUACAAACUCCGGAAGCGGGAACAGUACCAGUAGUAGCGGUGGUGGCGGUUUCUUGCGCAACUUGUCGAUGCGUUUUUCGCGCAGCAAGCUCUUUAGGCUUCCGUUUGGAAAUGGUGGUGGCACUUCCUCCACACCUCAGCAGAGGGAACAUGACACGACGACGCCGGACUAUUCGACAUUGCGCAGUCUGCGAGGCGUACCCGGAACCAGUCCGUCGGAGGUUGCUCAGACUCCCGUAGCCACACCAAAGUUGUCCUCCCAUCGCCUAACUACUGGUGGUAGCAGUGGGAUCACUCGAAGCCGCAGUACUGUAUCUGGCGGACGCAGUAGCAGCUGCCGUGCCAAGUCACCUGGUCCCGCUUUCAGCUUGGUGGAUCAACAGCAUCAGCAACAGGGGCAACACCAUGUGAGUAGGCGCUCGGGGUUCGUUCCCGACACACCGGUGACAGUGGAGCGCACCUCCCGUGACACAACACCGACCAACAACAACGCCUAUGCCCGUUCCGCCUCCAGCGUCACCGCACCUCGCAACUCCCUUGUGGAGCAUUCCAUUCAGUCAGGUGGCGGUAACGGGAGUGGUGCCGUCGGCACUGGCGGAGGAAACGCGCGGGUACUCUUUCGGAUGGAAAGCAACACACGUCGUCAAUUGGAUGAGAUGAUGGCGGAGAUAAAACACGCCCUACUGGCGUCCGGCGUUGCCUUUAGUCAGACUGAUCAUCCACAUCGCCUUCAUUGCACUUGGGUUGUCGGAGGCACUACCCCUGAGACGGACUUAGACUCGGGUCUCCCCGUCACCAACGUUACUGGUUCAGGAGAAAUCUUGCGGCUGGAAUUGGAGGUCUGCAAGCUUCCAAAAGAGGGCAUGAAUGGAGUGAGGUUCAAACGGCUUGCUGGUCCCGCAGCAGAGUUUAAACGCAUCUCGCAGAAAUUGGCGGAGGACUUGAAGCUCUGA